AUGCCACUCCUCAACGCCAAGCCAAUCAAGUUAAACCACAAAUUAACUGUCCAUGCACCACUUUCACGUCGAGGACAUGGACCGGGUAUCAUUAUCAUUCGGACGGAUACGACUACUAGCAUGAAGAACCAAAGAGUCACGUUAGAUCCCGAGCCACUGCAAAAGUGGGCAGAGGAGGGCUACACUGUUGCCCAAGUGACGGUUUCCUCCAACUGUCGCACAGUCAAGGCAGAUCUCCGCCAAGCUAUCGACGCUCUUGAUGAACAUGAAAAGUGCGACAAGAAAACAUACGGCGCCAUAGUCGACGAAAUCGACAAUCUAUAUGAAAUAAAAGCUAUAGUUUCGUAUGGGAAAUUAGCGAGAACGCCAAAAAAGAAAUUCAUCUAUCAUUUGCCCGAGCAAGGCACGAAGUCAAAACCUGAAAGUGGAGUCGUCUAUCGCUACCCGGAUGUCUCAUCAGCCUCCUUCAUCAUCCCCUCGCACAGGGACUUCAGCCCAUCGUCGGCCGCAGUCGCACAUACCCGUUGUCUCUCGUUCUUGAAGCAAGAGCUCGACGGACCGUGGUUUGAUCUUGAAGAAAUAUGGGAUGAGCAUACCAAUUUCGAGUUCAGUGAACGAUCGGUGGAAAACACGAUGGGCACUAUGGUUCAAGAACCAUAUGUGAAUCAUAUUCCAACGAUGACGGGCGGCAUUGGGAGAGAAGCGCUGAGCUCCUUCUACGCAAAGCAUUUCAUCUUUAAUAAUCCAGAAGACACUGCUCUGGAGCUCGUGAGUCGCACUGUCGGCAUUGAUCGGGUCGUGGACGAGUUUAUUUUUGUCUUUACUCAUGACAAGGAGGUAGACUGGCUUAUUCCCGGAAUCCCUCCUACAGGAAGAUUGCUCCGAAUCCCUUUCAUUGCUGUGGUCAACAUUCGAGGAGACAGGCUGUACCAUGAACAUAUCACGUGGGAUCAACUUACGGUACUAUUUCAGCUUGGUUUAAUGCCUGAAUACCUUCCGAUCCCAUAUGAUCUCCCGUAUGGUCCACGCCCGGGUGCUGACAAGAGACUUCAAUAUCGUGUUCCGGGUGCUGGAGCCCGAACGGCAGAUAAGAUGGUCGAUGAGAGUAGCGUGGCUUCUAAUGAGAUGCUAACUUACGCAGUGCGAGAGACGAUGAUUUCAUCUCUAUGA